CCCACGCGUCACGUGCAAGAGGAUGCUAACUACCCCCUCCUCUUCCCCCAGCGUCCCCUCCGCCUCCCGGGCCUCCUCCUCCUGGUGAGGGUGUGCAAGGCAGACCGCGCGACGGGGAGCGAGCGAGUGAGCGAGCGGGCGGGCGGGCGCUGCUAGAGCCCGCAGCCCUGGCGCCCGCUGCCGCCCGGAGUUCCGCAAUAUGCCGCCGCGGCCCUCUGGCUCUCGGCCAUGGCGAGGCUCAGCCGGCGCGUCCCUUGCACCUUGCUCCUCGGCCUGGCCGCGGUGCUGCUGAAGGCGCGGCUGGUCCCCGCGGCCGCCAGAGCGGAGCUCAGCCGCUCCGACCUCAGCCUCAUCCAGCAGCAGCAGCAACAGCAGCAGCAACGGCAGCGGGAGGAAGCUGAGGAGGAGAAGCCAGAGGUGCCAGAGGCAUCCUCCAUCGCCACUGUUCCAGUGUCUGUAUUUAUGCUGAAAGUCCAGGUGAAUGACAUCAUCAGUCGUCAGUACCUGAGUCAAGCAGUUGUAGAAGUGUUUGUAAACUACACGAAAACAAAUUCCACGGUAACUAGAAACAAUGGAGCAGUGUUGAUAAGAGUACCCUAUAAAUUGGGACUCAGCUUAACCAUUAUUGCUUACAAAGAUGGCUAUGUGUUGACACAUCUGCCUUGGAAGACCGGAAGAAUGCCAAUAUAUUCAUCAGUUACACUUUCACUGUUCCCGCAAAGCCAAGCAAAUAUAUGGCUAUUUGAAGACACUGUUUUAAUUACUGGAAAAUUAGCUGAUGCCAAAUCUCAACCAAGUGUUCAGUUUUCAAAAGCCUUAAUUAAACUACCUGACAACCAUCACAUUAGUAACGUUACAGGCUACCUUACAGUUCUACAGCAGUUUUUGAAAGUGGACAAUUUUCUGUACACAACUGGAAUUACUCUUAAUAAGUCAGGUUUCGAAAGCAUUGAAUUGACUCCUCUUGCUGCAAUAUGUGUGAAAAUAUAUUCUGGAGGAAGAGAAUUAAAGGUUGAUGGCUCUAUUCAAGUUUCUCUCCCCCUUCUACAUACAAAUGAUAUAAGUGCAGGGGACCAUAUACCUGCCUGGACAUUUGAUAUGAACACAGGUGCUUGGGUAAAUCAUGGUCGGGGAAUGGUUAAGGAAUAUAACAAUCAUUUAAUUUGGACAUAUGACGCACCACAUUUGGGCUACUGGAUAGCAGCUCCACUUCUAGGAACUAGAGGGUCAGGUAUAAAUGGAGACUCAAAAGACAUAACUGCCUACCACACAGUGUUUCUUACAGCCAUAUUAGGAGGAACAGUAGUCAUAGUCAUUGGAUUUUUUGCUGUACUUCUUUGUUAUUGCAGGGAUAAGUGUGGUACUACACAAAAAAGAGAAAGAAAUAUCACUAAACUUGAGGUCCUCAAGAGAGAUCAGACAACUUCAACAACUCACAUAAAUCACAUCAGUUCAGUCAAAGUUGCAUUAAAAACCGAGGACAAGUCACAGUUAUUCAAUGCCAAAAACUCCUCGUACAGCCCUCAGAAAAAGGAACCAUCCAAGGUAGAAGUGGAAGAAAGAGUUUCCAUGGUAAAAACUCGGGACAAUUUAAAAAUCUACAAUGAAGAUGUUUCAUUCUUAUCAGUCAAUCAAAAUAAUUACUCAAGAAACACAACACAGUCUUUGGAGCCCAAUGUAGGGUCCAAACAACCUAAACAUAUUAACAACAAUCUAUCUCCAUCUCUAGGUAAUGCUCAGGAGGAAAAGAGGUAUCUCACAGGUAGUGAGGAGGUGUAUGGGCAUUCCCACCUUCCUGAACAGCUGGUGCACAUCUACAGCCAGCCCAUUGCCAUCCUUCAAACAUCUGACCUUUUCUCCACUCCAGAGCAGUUACAUUCCGCUAAGUCAGCUACUUUGCCAAGAAAGGGACAGCUUGUGUAUGGCCAAUUGAUGGAGCCAGUAAAUAGAGAAAACUUUACACAGACAUUGCCCAAAAUGCCAAUGCAUUCUCAUGCACAGCCACCAGAUGCCAGGGAGGAGAGCAUCCCACUCGAAGGGCAGCAGAGCUUGCCAUCCCAAACUUCAGAUUGGAGCCGGUAUUCGAACAGCUUACUAGAAUCCGUUUCUGUUCCUGGAACACUAAAUGAAGCUGUUGUCAUGACUCCAUUUUCAUCAGAGCUUCAAGGAAUUUCAGAACAGACCCUCCUAGAACUGUCCAAAGGAAAGCCCUCCCCUCAUCCCAGAGCCUGGUUUGUGUCUCUUGAUGGAAAGCCAGUCGCACAAGUGAGGCAUUCUUUCAUCGACCUGAAAAAGGGCAAGAGAGCCCAGAGCAAUGACACGAGUCUGGAUUCUGGGGUGGACAUGAAUGAGCACCACUCAAGCAGAAAGCUGGAGAGGGAGAAAACUUUCAUCAAAAGCAUGCAUCAGCCUAAGAUCCUUUACUUAGAAGAUUUAGACCUGAGCAGUAGUGAGAGUGGAACCACUGUCUGCUCCCCCGAGGACCCAGCUUUAAGGCACAUCCUCGAUGGAGGGAGCGGAGCCAUCAUGGAGCACCCCGGGGAAGAGUCCCCAGGAAGGAAAAACACCGUUGACGAUUUUGAAGCCAACAUAUCCCCCACUAAAAAGAGGGGCAGACCACCGCUAGCCAAAAAAGACAGCAAGACUAAUAUCUGGAGGAAGCGAGAGGAACGCCCACUUCUUCCCAUAAAUUAACACCAAGAGUGGUUGUGUCUUUGCAGUCUCCUGCUGUUUAUUCUUGCUUCUUGUUGUAAAUUGCGGUAUGAACUUGAGAAGUUGAGACUGAGCAAUCUCAUGGUCCCUGGACAUGUCUCAAGCAGAGUAAAUAGUAAAAUGGUAAUUCAGUAGUGAGAGAGAGAUACCAAGAAUGCUUUUUCUGGCCUAUUCUUUUCAUUUAUUUUUAGGUGAAUGAAUUAAAGUAUCCAAGAAUGCAAAAUGUAAAAUUAACCUCAAGAUGUUUGUUAUCUGAAAAUGUUGCUCAGUCAGCAAGUUUAGCCCCGACUCUGAAGAACAGUGAAAAGUGUACUCCUAAAGUUGCUUCCAAAAAUGUUGCCUCUGCUUUGAUGACUAAGCCUGUGAAACACUUAAAAAUGAAACUGUAUUCUUUAGGCAUCAAUAGUCUUAUGAAAUGUUACUACUAUGUUCUCCAUUACCUAUACUUUAAAAUAACUUGAUAAAUAUUCUGGAUUGAUGUUAUUCUAGAGUUCAAAGCCAAAGCACAUUUUUCCCCCAAUAAACAACAUGUGUAUUGUAUCAACCCAGAAAUAUAUUCCAUAUUCAUAUAAGAUGGGCAAAAAGCUACUUGGUUGUGAGAGAGGGAAAUGCCAGCUCCUUGGUUGUUUUGGGAUAUAAUAACCUCAUAGAAUAAAGACACAUCCUUAUAUUUAGAAACCAGAAUUGAAUGCUCUGAUACUGAAUUUUUAAAAAUUUCUUACACCUUCCCCCGCCACCAAAAUUUCACUGAACUUAGCUGUCAGGGAAAACUUCUUACAAGUCUAAAAAAACUCCCAAACAUCUCUCCCCCAAAUCUUUAGUUUUAGACUUUAAUACAUGUAGGCUAAAAUCAGUUUUAAGAUAGUUCUUCUUUUUAAAAAAAUUCAGUCAAAUGCUAUUAAACUUGAAAAUCAAUGAAUUGAAAGUUUCUUGUGAACACCAAAAAAUUAAAAUAUGUGGAGGUAAAGGGAAUAAACAUUCCAAAUUUUUUUCUGAAAUGUGAAGCAGAAAAAAAUGCGAUUUCCCUGAGACUCAGAAAUACCUUCAGGAUAUUAUAUGGAUAUAUAACUAUUUUUUUUUCUGUUGAUACUCAUAAAAGAUGUUUGGGAAACAGUUGCAAUUUCAUGAGAAAAGUAAAAAUUUAAAUCACUUAAAUGCUAUAAGUUAUAUAAAUACAACAUUUUUCCAAGUUAGGAAGUAAUAUAUUCUUUUAAUCAUAGCAAGGAAUUGAGUGUGAAUACAUUCAACAGCUGUUUUUAAUUAUAAGUGUCUUCAACUCUGAAUUACCAUUCACAUGUCUUGAAAAUGAAGCUCUUUGUUAAUUAAAAUCAAGUCAUCCAAUUUUCCUUAAAAUUUCCAUAAAGGCAAAUGUCUGAAGCUGCUUCUCCUUUGCCUUGAGGGAAAAAAUGAAACUAAAUUGCUUUAUUUCUCAUACCCUACUAAUUAACAUGGGAGCAACAUAGACACCCAAGGUACAUAAACAAGUCUUGAAAGCACUAAAAUUAGCCACAUUAGCUUCAGUCAAAUUAUAGGUUGAUAUAAAAUAAAAGACAACAGCUUUUUUCCCUAAGAUAGUAGACUUCAGCCAGUUUUUUCCUGUAACCAUUCCUGAAGUUAUCUAACCAAUCAGAUAACACUCCUGCCUUUCUGUAUUAACCCAAAGAAUUUAAUGACCUAGGCAAAAGUUUGCUAUCUUUUACCCCAAUCCAUAAGAGAGAGAAAUGUUUUGGGUAAUACUUAGAUUUACUUUUUGGGGAGGGGAAGUGAUAAGGUCCAAAUUGGAGCUUCUUAUUACUCUUACACAGAAAGAUGCAUUGAAAGUGGCAUAAAUGAAAAUGACUUGGAAACGGUUAAGCAGUUAGUGCUCUGCUGAAGUGCCUUUGAUAUAGACUUGCUUUAUUAGAAGGAUAUGAUAACAUCAUAAGUGUACAUUUUCUUUCUGUUAGCCAAAUUAAACAGAUGUGCAGUUUUUAUUAAAAAAUAUAGACCUAGUGUUUCACGUUGGAACAAUGAAUUUUGCAUGCCAGUAACUUCUUUUAGUGCGUUUCUUUUUUGAAUCCAGUUUAUAGUGAUGAUACAUUAUGUUGAAAUGAAGUUAGAAACUAUAUAGUAAUAUGUUGCACUUCAAUAUUUUAAGUGUAUAUUUUUUCCCACUCUGAAAAAUGUUUAAUGUCUUGUCUUGGUAAUGGCAUACACAUGUUGAUAAAGGGUUUACCUAUUCAGGUAUGCCACUUACUCAUUCUGUGUAAAGGAAAUGAGAAGAUGUAUCCCCAAGGGCUUUUCUAGAAAUACUUUUUUUUUUAGUUUCAGAAUAAAAUCUUAUUUUUUUAUAAACUGCACAUUCUGUUCUCAAUUGGGAAGUAUAGGCAAUUUAUCUUUUCUAAUGAUCAAACGUGUAACUUCUCAUUUGCGAGUAGUUCACAGAUCACCUGUUAAAAAGCUGAAGCCAUCUACUUUUUCUUAACCCAAGUGAUAAUAAACCUAGAAUAUUCACAACUUUCUUAAAAUUUUUAAAUUGAAAACCAACAGUUUUUUGCAAAUAAAAACCUUGAGAAUUUUGGUCACAAAUUGUUAACAUUUGUGGAUCCUUUGUAUAUACUUUGGAUAUAUCUUAAAAGCAAAAUUAUCCCUAAUUGAUGGAUUCGUUUACUAAAGCACAGCUUAUAUGUAUUUUUGAAUACAUAUGAUCUUGAAUUUAUAAAAUCCAUUUUUAUGACACGCAGUUGUAUAGGGAUUACACCCUUUUAUAAUACACAGUUUACCAUGAAGAUCACAAAUGUUGAGGAAUAAAAGAACUUCUUUGCUUUGGCAAUCAUUUUAAGAUCACUUUCUGUGUCUGAAUCCUCUGGUAUCAGUACAUAGUAUAGUUUUAGGGAUUGUGGAUCAAAUAAUGUCCCUCAAAACUUCGCAGGAAGGUGAAGCUCAAAAGUUUUGUAUUCAUUUUUAAGGAAUGUUUUCCUCAUUUCUCCAUGUACAAGUGUUGUAAAGAUUUGACUAUGUUAAUUCCCAUCUCAGACCUAGAGUUCACAUUUUGCCCUCUUGUUCCCAAGUGUUUCUAUCUUUUGUAUUCUUUCAUCAGAGGAAUCUCACAUUUCAGUGUAUUUAUUGCCAUUACUGCUAUAUAUACUGCUGAAAACUGUUAACAAUCUGAAGAUUUGUAAAAUGUUAAACAUAGUUCAUUAAGGAUAAUAAAAUAAAUAUAAAAAUUUA